GAAAAAAAAAACACCUGGUGAUUACUGAAUGCGCCUGCUUUCUUUUUAUUUGCUGGUUGACUAAUAGCUUGAGAUUGUUCAUUAGAGGGAAGGAGAGAAGGAAGAUUGGCCAAUGGCCUUCAGUAACUCAUGAGCAUAAACAUGAAAGUAUACUGAAUUGUUGGACCUCAAUUCCAAUAUGAGUUUCUUGAUAUCGUUUUUGGGCAGUGUUGUCUACAUUUUUUUUUUUUUCUCUCUUGUAUUUGAUUAAAUUCUACAAUUAUAUAUAUUCUUUUUGUUUGUGACAGCAAACUCCAUCAGCUUGAUGUCUCUUCAUGACAACAAUGAAAAAAAUCAAGUUUUAUAAAUUGCAGGUGUCCAAUUUUUCUGUCCUUAUUUGGUUGCUCAAGAUUCUUGAACCUUCAACUACAUCAACUAUCAUGUUUUAAGAUUUUAGCUAAGAAAUUAUAGCAUUUUUGUUCCACCGACUUUUAGGAGUAUAAUAUUUCUCAUGUUUACACACUUUACUAUUUGUAUUUUCUCACCCUAUCAAACAAUCAAAGUGAUAUGUGGAUCCAAGAAUACUAUAGCAUUUUGGCGAGGUAAAUGGGACAAGUUGUUUCAAUACCACUCUUUCUCAGCAGUUCCAAAUGUUUGGCAAAAGCAAAAUGAGGAGUUACUUAUUGUCAAAUUUAUCUUUGGUCUGUACCUUUCCCCAUAAGGUGUGCAAUUUUAGUUAAUGUACGACUUCUCAUUGUUUAGUGUUGUGACUGUUUUCUCAUUGAUUCUUCCCAUUAUUGAGCUCUCCAUUCUUCACACUUUGGUUGUCUUAUAGGUGGGAGGGGCCAUCAUUGUAUAUGUUGGCAUGAAUAAUUGUGGUUGUAGUCAAAAUCUUGUUUGCUAAAAUUUAGAUAAUGAAAAGACUUAAACUUGUUCGCUGCAAUUAAGCAAUCACUGAAAAUGCAAUUGCCAUUAUCAUUUCAUCCAUGUUUUUCAAAGAUUUUGAAAUAAUCUUAUUGUAUCUGCUCACCUGUUUUGCACCGUAAUGCUUAGUUUACAUGAUUAUAUUUUUAUCUAUCAAAAGUAGUCCUAAUUCCGCAUUUUUCACUAGCAUCUAAUACUUUUCUGUUUUUUGCAAAUUAGAAGUUAUACACAUGCUUUUCUACAUAGCAAUAUGCAGUAUUGGGGCUAAUUCCCUAUUUUGCUUUGCAAUAGCUUUUUGGAGUUAUCUAUUUUUUAUUCGUGCAGGGUAGAGGUUCAUGAAUGAUAAUGUCAAGCGUAUGUCAUUAUUUAUACGAAUAAACACUCAAAAUGUCUUGUAGCCGAGUUCUUUGAAACACAAUCGAACUCCUUUAUCACUUUUUGGAAUGAUUAUGCUCUCCGCUUCUUCAUUGAGCCUAUCCAGUUUCCUCUUGAAUGUAUUCCUAGCUGGUCCAAAUUCCCAACUUCACCACAGAAGCCUCAACAUUUGUAAAUAUAGAGAGCCCUUUCGACAAACCUGUUCCAGGCCCUCUUCUGCAUGCUUGUUUCAUGGGGAGGUGAUUAAUUUGGAAGGAGGAAAUGGUGAGGUAAAAGAAGGAUUGAAGCUAAAAUGGCAUGAUGUUGGGCCGGAGUUAACAGAGGCCCAAAAGCAUGAAAUAUCUCAGCUUUCACCAACGAUGACAAAUCGCUGCAAAGCCAUUAUGAGACGCCUUAUCUGUUUCUCUGAAGAGGAAAAUUUGUUCCUCUUGUUGGCUUCAUGGGUGAAAACCAUGCGACCAAAAAGAUGUGAUUGGCUGUCCGUGCUGAAGGAACUAAAGAGGGUAGAUCUUUCUUUGUUUUUGGAGGUCAUGGAGUAUGCCUUGAUUGAAGAAUCAUUCGAAGCCAACGUUCGCGACUAUACCAAGCUCAUAGACGCUUAUGCGAAGCACGGUCGCUUACACGAUGCACAAAAGCUAUUUCAAUCCAUGAAAAUCAGAGGCUUUCUCUGUGACCAAGUGACCCUGACCGUCCUCAUCGACAUGUACAGCAAAGCCGGCGAUCUCCGCCAUGCCGAGGAAGCUUUCGAGGAUAUCAAGCUCCUGAAAUCACCAAUGGACAAGCGAGCCUAUGGCUCAAUGAUCAUGGCGUACAUUCGAGCGAAAAAGCUGGAACUCGCAGAAACCUUGUUGAAAGACAUGGAGGCCGAACAAGUGUUCGCCGGUAGAGAAGUUUACAAGGCGAUAUUGCGAGCAUUUUCAAUGGAUGGGGAUGCCGAAGGUGCGCAGAGGGUGUUCGACUCCCUCCAGUUUGCAGGAAUUGUUCCAGAUAGCAGGCUCUGUGCACUUCUUGUGAAUGCUUAUUGCAUGGCUGGGAAGAUUGAAGGAGCUCGCAGCACCAUAGAGAAUAUGAGAGUUGCCGGACUGAAGCCAAAUGAUAAGUGCAUUGCAGUGAUGCUGGGGGCUUACAGAAAGAUGAAUAAGCUGGAGAGAGCUUUGGAUUUCUUGAUGGAACUGGAGAGAGAUGGUGUGGUGGUUGAGAAGGAAGCAUCAGAAGUAUUGGCUCAGUGGCUUAGGGGGCUUGGUGUAGUUAAUGAAGUAGAAGUUGCUCUUAGAGAGUUUUUGGUGGUGAAAGAAGAAAGGAAAGUUGUUUCUUUGUAGGUGGUGGCAUUUUAUUUCAAAAGGAUGAUAAAUAAGUCCAAGAAAUGAAUGAGCUUUUGACUUCUUA